AUGGAAGAGGACGACCACAUCAGCCGCCUCCCCGAUGCCGUCCUCGGCGAGAUCGUCUCCCUCCUACGCACCAAGGAAAGCGGCCGCACGCAGGCCAUCGCCUCCCGGUGGUGCCACAUCUGGCGCUCCGCACCCCUCAACCUCGACCUCCACAACCGGGCCCCUAGCGAGCGCCGCAUCCCGCUGGCCCAGAUCUCCGGCAUCCUCUCCUCACACCGGGGCCCCGGCCGACGCUUCUCCAUCCCCAGGCACUACUUCGAGAACGACGCCCACCCCGCCGCCACGCUCGACGCCUGGCUCGGCACCCCCGCCCUCGACGGCCUCCAGGAGCUCGACUUCCACUACGGCUCUUGGCACACGCGUCAGGGGAGCCCGGCGCGGCCGCUGCCUGAAUCGGCGCGCCGUUUCUUGUCCACCCUUCGCGUCGCCAGCUUCGGCCACUGCACUUUCCCAGAUGAAAACGGCCUCAUCUUGCCGCUUCUCAAGCAGCUGAGCCUCAUGCACGUCAAAAUUUCCGAGAACUCUCUGUAUGCCCUGCUCGCUGGUUUCCCUCUCUUGCAGAGCUUGAUGCUAACUCAGAGCAUUGGCUGCUCUCGCAUCAGGAUUGUGUCCCGAACCCUUAGGAGCAUCGGUGUACAUGCUUCUUGGGGAGACACCAUGUUAGACCAGUUCACCAUCGAGGAUGCACCCUUUCUAGAAAGAUUCCUUCUUCUUGAUCUUUGGUUUCCCAAAAAAAUGGGAUCUGAUGUUGUUAACUCGACAACGGUGCUGCCCAGUAUGAGAGUUCUAGCUUUAACACAUAACAACUUUAGUUUGGAUGAGGUCAUUGCCUUCAUGAAAUGCUUUCCCUGCUUGGAGAACUUGUACAUCAAGAUGUCAACAGCUUAUGGCCAGUUAACAAAGACAAAGGUGACAAAUGCAUGGCGUCAGAAAUAUCGGAACCUUAUUGGUACCCUUGACAUUCGUCUAAAGAAAAUUGUGUUGUCAGCCUAUCUAGGAAACAAUGCACAUGUUAAGUUUGCUGAGUUCUUUGUAUUGAAUGCUAGAGUCCUCGAAUCAAUGGUGCUCCAAGUAGAUGUUAGUAAUUAUCAUAACAAAGCAUGGAUUGAAAGACAACAGACAUUGCUCCAGAUCGAAGAGAGAGCUUCAAGGGGUGCGCGGUUUGAUUUUGUGUCUCAUUCUAGUCGGCCUGUAUCUUGUGAACAUAUCUGGUAUGAGCAAGUACAUGAUUUGUCAAAAGCUGACCCAUUUGUAGGGUUUGACUACUGGGCCACCGGUUAG